UCUCUUGAUCUCUCUCCUACUCAUCCUUUCGUCGUUCGUCGUCCUCUCGCUGCGGGGAGGAUGAAAGCCCACCAAUACCCUUUACUUUCCGCUUAAAUAUGCUUUUUUUUUUCUUUUCAAAGCCCUCGCAGAGCUUUCGGUGUACUAUAAAUUUGCCCCAUCGGUCGAGAAAGCAUUCCUUCUUCCGUCCACCUUCCACCUGUUUUUAGCCUGCUUGUGUCGCCUCUUCCAAAGGAGAAGAGAUUGUCCUCUCCGACGAUGGGAUUCACCGCCGCUGUAGAGAUCAGCUCCCCCGCUGCCGAUGCCCUCUUGCUCCUCCCCAUUUAGCUCUCUUCCUCUUGCUGGGCCUCCAAAAGUUUGGCCUUCUGCUCUCAUGGUCAAUGACCCGACCGGGGUCUCUGCAGAACAAUCGGGGAUCGGCUGAGUGGGCUGCGGCUCCUUUCUUGACGUUCUGAUUUGGUUUCGGGCGCAAAAAGAAAUUGGAUUUCGGAGGACUCUGAAAUGCGUUGGUGUCCGGUGUUCUAAGCUUCAAGUUGUUUGUACAUAAUACCACCCGGUUGCCGGUCGGAGAAAAUUUUGGUCUCUUCCGGAGGGUGCUGAUUUUUCUGCUUUUGAUUUUUGUGUUUGGUGUUUGGCUUUGGUUUCUUGGGAUUAGAAGAAAUCGGAAAGCUUGCCUUUAUUUUUUUGGGUGGUGUACGUGUGUUCUCUUCUUGGUUGGAGUUUGCAAGAGAUCUUCACAGGAAAGAAGAAAUUUCAUCGGAGAGAAAGGGAACUGCUAGGUUAUUUUUAUGAUUGCGAGCAGUUUCGGUUUAUGGGAGUAGCCAAUUACCCAAUUCUUGAUCUGAUACUAAAGGUCAGAUCUUGGGUGAGCGUUCUUCCGGACGUCUGGUCGGACACUUUGAUGUCGUCCGGCGGUGAUCGUGCCAUGUGCUGCCAGUGCAGAGACUGCUUGGGGUCGCCGGGUUUCGGGUACCGGUGCCAGAGCUGCGGCCGGGUGGUCUGCCGGAAGUGUGGUUCUGUCGCGAGGUUAGACCGAGCGGAGCAGCAGCGUGUUCUCUGCAAGCUCUGCUUUCGAGGUGACAAUGGACCCUGGGAAGCAGCAGCGCAGCAACGUGUCAGCGCGAGCGAAGAAGUUAACCGUUUCGUUUCGCCGAAGUCGCCCCUCUCCAGAUCUAGCACUGACAGGCUCGGCCAGUUGGCUGAGUCGCGGCAGUUCUCGUCCCCGCGGCGCCCUCUUCGUUGUUCGACUUACAGGAGUUACGAAGAUGACGAGGGCGAUGAUGAGGGGAAGCACCUUUUCACCCCGAUGAGCGUGUUGUCUCAGGAUUACUCUGACAUAGAUUGCAUGAGUUCCAGUGCUGGAAAUGAGUUGUACAGGUCAGCGAAUUCAAGUCCUUUCGACAGCCCUUCUAGGUCUGUUGAGCAAGGAUCGGUUAGUCCUCUCUUGAGAAAGUGUGGAAUUUCUGAUCAAGGUUCUUUGAGCCAGUCAAGAAAAUAUGGAGCAGAUUCUGAGGAUUUGCUGGAGAAUUCUGGUGAUUGCGCUUCGGAUAACCUUCGUGGAUACAUUAAUCAAGAAAGUCAAAAGGCUCCACAACACUUUAACUUUGAAAAUGAUCGUAUAUUUUACCCUCCUCUCCCCGAGGACAAGCAGGACGACACAGAGACCAGUUUCUUUGGACAUACUGACGAGGAGGAUGAUGUCGAGGAGUCGGACGAACUCUUUAAAUCUAGUGAAUCCCACAAGGAGGCUUUGAGGAAUGCUGUUCAUGCACAUUUUAGGGCCCUUGUGUCACAAUUAUUGAAGGGAGAAGGUGUUCAUGCUGGGAAUGAUUCGGAGAAUCAGGACUGGCUGGAGAUAGUAUCCUCAUUGGCUUGGCAAGCUGCAAAUUUUGUCAAACCAGAUACUAGCAAGGGAGGUAGCAUGGAUCCAGGUGAUUAUGUUAAAGUCAAGUGUAUCGCAUCAGGAAGUCCAAAUGAUAGCGCCCUAGUGAAGGGAGUGGUUUGUACUAAGAAUGUAAAGCAUAAACGCAUGGUGUCGCAGCAUAGAAACCCUAGGUUGCUUCUUUUUGGAGGAGCACUGGAGUAUCAAAAGAUCCCAAAUGAACUGGCAUCUAUAGGAGCUCUGCUUGAGCAGGAAACCAAUUACAUGAAGAUGGCUCUUUCUAAGAUAGAGGCACUUCGGCCCAAUGUGCUUCUUGUUGAAAAAAGUGUUUCCUCAUAUGCUCAAGAAUAUCUUUUGGGGAAAAAAGAGAUAUCUUUAGUGUUAAAUGUCAAGAAGUCACUUUUAGAGAGGAUAUCAAGGUGUACUGGUGCUCAUAUUCUUCCAUCCAUUGAUGGUGUUGCUUCAGCAAAGCUUGGACACUGUGAAAUGUUUCGGAUAGAAAAAGUGUACGAGGAAUUCUCAUCUUCCCGACAUCCAAAGAAACCCAGUAAAACUUUGAUGUUCUUUGAAGGCUGUCCACGGCAUCUAGGGUGCACGGUCCUUCUAAAGGGGGCAUGCCUUGAAGAAUUGAAGAAAUUAAAGCAUGUUGUUCAGUAUGCAAGCUUUGCAGCAUAUCAUCUAUCACUAGAGACCUCAUUCCUUGAAGAUGAAGGCGCAAUGCUUCCUAAACUUCCUGUAGGGCCUUCAGUUACAUUGCCUAAAAAGUUGAUAGAGGCUGAUGACUUAGUUUCAACAACUUCUAGUUUGGCUGCCCCGAGUGCUUAUAGUCAUGAGAAAGAUGGCUCAAACUGCGAACUUGACACAAAGAACCUGUCUUUAUCCUCAGAUAUUAAACAUUUGGACAAAGGUAUUUUGGAGCCAAGUUCUGAUCUACAGACGCACAGUGAUUUUUCUGAACAAACUAACUCUUGUAAUACUGAUGCCUUUUCUGCUCCGUGUUCUGAGAACAACACAGGCUUAGCUUUUGGAUCCAUUUCAGAUGUUUGUGUUUGUGGGUUAACGGGUUCAUACCCUGGAUUUUGUUGUAAGCAGCUCACUCCCCUUUCACCUUUACAUACUGAUAUAAGCAAUCACCAACGUGAGGUGCUGGAGAAAUCAGUUAAAGAAAGAAACAACUUUGCUAGUGACAGGUUUCUUCGAUCAGAUGAACAUAAAAAAUCAGAUAGUGCUAUCAAGAAUGAGGUUCCUGGGGAUUACUUUUCCACGGCUGACAAUCAUCAGAGCAUAUUGGUUUCUUUAUCUAGCACUUGUAUAAAAAAAAACAGAGUUUGUGAGCGCUCUCAGCUUUUCCGCAUCAAGUUUUAUGGUAGUUUUGAUAAGCCUUUGGGGAGAUAUCUUCGUGAUGACUUGUUUGACGAGACAAAUUAUUGUAAAUUCUGUAAAGAGCCAACAGAAGCCCAUGUUAGGUGUUAUACUCACCAGCAGGGCAGCCUUACUAUUAUGGUCAGGCGACUUCCUUCGAUGGAGUUACCUGGUGAACAUGAUGGAAGGAUUUGGAUGUGGCAUCGAUGCCUCAAGUGUGAAAAAGAUGAGGAUGGAGUUCCACCAGCUGCACGCAGAGUAAUUAUGUCAGAUGCUGCAUGGGGGCUCUCUUUUGGGAAAUUCUUGGAGCUUAGCUUUUCAAGUCAUGCAACUGCUAACCGUAUUGCAAGUUGUGGUCACUCUCUACAAAGAGACUGCCUUCGUUUUUAUGGGUUUGGCAGCAUGGUUGCGUUCUUUCGCUAUUCUCCUGUAGAUAUUUUAUCUGUUUGCUUGCCACCAUCACUUCUGGAUUUCACUUGCCAGAUUCAGCAAGAAUGGUUGAGACAGGAGGCAAUUUUGGUAUCCAACAAAAUAAAUAUCUUGCAUAGUAAGAUAUCUGAUGUUCUCCAUGUGAUUGAGAGGAAGAUUACGACAUUAAAGGAUAAACCUUUAGAAGCAAGCAUCUAUAGACACAUUAUCAAGCUGAAGGGUUUGUUAAAAAUGGAAAGACAUGAGUAUGAUCUCUUGCUUCAACCAGUUAUGGUUGGGAAUAUUCAACCCUUUCAGGAAACAUUUGAUAUCUUAGAUCUCAAUCGGCUGAGACGUGCACUUCUACUUGAUUCUUACAUAUGGGAUCGUCGACUCUAUUCAUUAGACUUGUUGUCCAAAGAAAAAAGUUGUACCAUAAUUGAUUCACGACUUACGAAUUUUUCACCUAGAACCAAUCUGAGAGAACAGAGGGAAGAAAUACCUAGGAAAGGUAGAACAUUUGAGGACUUAGCUGGAGAUGUUACUGCAAAGUCAUCGCCCCUUUUAGGAACUGAUAAAUCAAGUUUUUCAAAGCAGCAUGAAGAACUUAGCUUCCAGGUUUUGGAGUGUAAUACAAACAUGGUUGAAACUGACUUGUCCAUUGAGGACUGUUCGAGCUCAGCAGGUUUUAACUCUGUGUUUGUUCAAUAUGAUGACUGGGAUGAUACAUCAAUCUUUGGUGAGUCUAAUCUCUCAGACAAAAUUGAUUUGGCAUGGAGUGGUUCAGGUCAGUUAGUGAUGGAUCAACCGAAAGGUAGUUCAGAAGCUGAUGCAUUAGUAAUUUUGAUGGAUUCUCCAUGCUACAGGAAGGUAAAAUCCCCAUUAAGAGUAUAUUCAUUUGACUCUGCUUUAAGGUUCCGUAAAAGAAUACACGGUGGUUUUCUUCCUGCUUCAUUGCAUAUACCUUCAGUAAAAUCAUUUGAUUCCUCUGGCGAUCUUGCAAGCAUGGUAAGGGACCCAAUUACAAGUAUGAGAAGAGCUUACUCACAAAAUUCUCCUAGGUUAGUUCAGAGAUUGGAUGAUCUUCUCAAUCACAAACCUGUACAUAUCUCACCAGUGUUGGAAAAGAUGACUGACAGGGCACGGUUACUUCUACCUCAAAAUGCUCUUGAUGAUAUUGUUAUUGCAGUUUAUGAUGAUGAGCCCACCAGCAUAAUAUCGUAUGCUAUGGCUUCCCAAGAGUAUAGUGACUGCAUAACAUCUAGUUUGGAUGAAAUUGAGGACUUCAGUAUGGUGGGAAAAAAAAGUGUUGGAAAUUAUGGUAGCAACAACAAUGUCGGUACAAGAUUAGCAGCUCAACAACCAAAAUUUCAGUAUCAUUCUCAUGUUGGACAUGAUGAACCUCAACUAUCUCAGAUGAACCUAUUAGAUACGAAAGAAACACAUUUCAAAAUUUCUUUUGAGGAUGAGUAUUCAAUUCCUUCAGACAAGGCAAAGUUUUCUGUUACAUGCUACUUUGCAAAGCAGUUUCAUGCAUUUCGGAAGAUAUGCUGCCCAAGUGAAUUUGAUUAUAUACGUUCCUUAAGCCGCUGCAAGAGAUGGAGUGCACAAGGUGGUAAAAGCAAUGUUUACUUCGCCAAGUCAUUGGAUGAAAGAUUCAUAAUUAAGCAGGUCACCAAAACAGAGUUAGAUUCGUUUGAGGAGUUUGCUCCACAAUACUUCAAGUAUUUGACGCAAUCCAUAACUUCUGGUUGUCCCACCUGCCUUGCUAAAGUCCUUGGUAUUUAUCAGGUGACUGUCAAGCACACAAAAGGCGGGAGGGAAAUGAAAAUGGAUGUUAUGGUAAUGGAGAACCUCUUUUUUAAGAGGAAUAUUUCAAGAGUUUAUGAUCUCAAAGGUUCUCUACGCUCCCGUUAUAACCCUGAUACUUCAGGAAACAACACAGUUCUACUAGAUUUGAAUCUGUUAGAGACAAAACCAAUAUUUCUGGGAAGCAAGGCAAAGAGAAGUUUGGAGCGGGCUGUAUGGAACGAUACUUAUUUUCUCACAUGUGUUGAUGUCAUGGACUACUCAUUGCUGGUUGGCAUUGAUGAGACGCAAAAGGAGCUAGUUAUAGGAAUUAUAGACUUCAUGCGGCAAUAUACAUGGGACAAGCAACUUGAAACAUGGGUAAAAGCUUCCGGCAUCCUUGGUGGCCCGAAAAAUGCAACUCCAACUGUAAUUUCUCCAGAUCAGUACAAGAAAAGGUUCAGGAAAGCCAUGUCAAAUUACUUCCUCACUGUCCCUGACCAAUGGCUCUUUUGAGUCCUUUCUCCAGCUGCAAGAUACAUUUUCACGCAUUGUUUCUAUAGAAUUAGAGUUGAAGAUAUCAUCGCAAGUUAUUCUACAAAGAUGAGAGUAGUCAUCUCAUCGCACUGUAGAUCAUCAACAUAUUCAAUUGCUCUACUUGUAUCAUGCUUUUGAAUUGGAGAUGUUGGACCGAAUCGUCUGGGCAUCAAGCAUAAUCUUGGUAUGCCUAGAUGCUAACUUGGAGCUUGAUCCCUCACAUUCUUGUAGUUCAUUUUUAUACUCAAAAGUGUAAAUUCAUUAAGUUUCUUCAUCGUCACUGAUUAUGCUGACAUACUCGCGAGCUUAUAACAUGCAUAAAGCAUCAUGACUUGCAAUCUUAGGAGCAGAAAGUGUCAUAACCGGGAGUGUUGAAAGCGACUCUGGUUUUGGAUGGCAGCUUGAAAGUUUUAUCUUGCAAUGAGGCAAAAUUGACUGUUCACUUCAUCAAAUGUAACGAGUGAAACAGAGAUUUUCUCAUUGCUUUCCCAACUACAUUUCCUUUGUGUGUCUGUUUUGAUUCAGUAUUCUCUGCUAGGCUUAUCGGGUCUUUUCUUUUGUUCCAAAGUUCCUUAAAGAGGAUGUGUGCAGUCAAAUAGCUCUUGAAUUAGUAAAAUGAACCUUGUGGUUGUGUUUUUUUCA